AUGCGAUCCGAGCAUGUGAACGCGAUCAAACCACUCGCCAAAGAAGCUCAAAAAUACGACAACCUCGUCGUGCUGGGGAUCGGUGGAUCUGCACUCGGAAACAUCGCGCUCCAGUCCGCGCUCAAUCUCUCGACCUACAACCUGCAAUCGGCGAAAGAUCGCAAAGGACCGCGCGUGUUCGUCGUGGACAAUGUGGAUCCGGUCUACCUCGACUCGAUCCUGAGCAUCUGCGAUCCCAAGAAGACCCUCUUCAAUGUCGUCUCCAAGUCAGGCGAGACCGCCGAGACCGCAGCUCAGUUCAUGAUCAUCCGUCAGCGCCUGCAAGACGCGCUGGGGAAGAAAUGGGCGAGCCAUGUCGUCGCGAUCACCGAUCCCGAGAAAGGCACGAUGCGGACCAUCUGCGACGAAGCCGGGAUCACCACCCUCCCAGUCCCCGAAGGUGUCGGCGGACGCUUCUCAUCGCUCUCGCCAGUCGGCUUGUUCAGCGCCGCCGCUGCGGGGAUCGACAUCGACGCGCUCCUCGACGGCGCCAAAGCGAUGGACGAACGCUGCUCGAAUCCUGAUCUUCAUCAGAACCCCGCCGCGAUGCUCGCGUUGCUGUUGGUUGAGAUGGGCACACGCAAGGGCAAACCGAAUCAUGUGAUGAUGCCGUACUGCAACGCGCUGUACCUCAUGGCGGACUGGUACCGCCAGCUCUGGGCCGAGUCGCUCGGGAAGAAGUUCGACAUCAACAACGAGGUCGUCUUCGCGGGAUUCACUCCCAUCAAAGCACUGGGCGCGACGGACCAGCACUCACAAGUGCAGUUGUAUAGAGAAGGCCCAAACGACAAGGUCUUCAUGUUCCUCGAGGUCGAGGAGUUCGACACCGACAUUACCAUUCCGACUGGGAUGGGUGUCGAAGCGAUCAGCUACCUCGAAGGCAAGAACAUGUCCGCGCUACUCAACGCCGAGAAGCGAGCGACGGAGUACGCGCUGAUCGAUUCGAUCCGUCCGAACCUGACCAUCAAGUUCCCGAAGGUCGAUGCGCACCACAUCGGCGAGUUCAUCGCGCUCUGGCAGAUCGCGACCGCGUACGCCGGACGGAUGCUCAAUAUCGAUGCGUACGACCAACCCGCCGUGGAAACCGGGAAGAAGGCGACCUUUGGACUGAUGGGACGCGAGGGGUACGGGGAGUGGUUGACGAAGGUGAAUGAGGCGUUGGAUUCAACAUCAUACAGCGUCUGA